CCGGCCAGGCCGCGAUGGCGACCAAGAAGGCGGGCUCGCGGCUGGAGACGGAGAUCGAGCGCUGCCGCUCCGAGUGCCAAUGGGAGCGGAUCCCCGAGCUCGUCAAGCAGCUGUCGGCCAAGCUCAUCGCCAACGAUGACAUGGCCGAGCUCCUCCUCGGGGAGUCGAAGCUGGAGCAGUUCCUGAAGGAGCACCCUCUGCGGCAGGGGGCCAGUCCCAGGGGCCCCCGGCCGCAGCUGACCGAGGUCCGCAAGCAUCUGACCGCUGCGCUGGACCGAGGGAACCUCAAGUCAGAAUUCCUACAAGAAUCCAGUCUGAUCAUGGCCAAGCUGAAUUACGUGGAAGGCGAUUAUAAGGAAGCCCUGAACAUUUACGCACAAGUGGGCCUGGAUGACCUGCCGCUCACGGCGGCGCCUCCGUACCGGCUGCGGGUGAUCGCUGAGGCCUACGCUACCAAAGGACUGUGUUUAGAGAAGCUGCCUAUCUCGUCUUCUACCAGUAACCUCCACGUGGACCGGGAGCAGGAUGUCAUCACCUGUUACGAGAAAGCGGGGGACAUCGCUCUCCUGUACCUCCAGGAGAUAGAGAGGGUAAUACUUUCUAAUAUUCAGAACAGAAGCCCCAAGCCUGGCCCUGCUCCCCACGAUCAAGAACUAGGGUUUUUCCUAGAAACAGGACUUCAGAGAGCCCAUGUCCUCUAUUUCAAAAAUGGGAACUUGACGAGAGGAGUCGGGAGAUUCAGAGAGAUCCUCAGAGCAGUCGAAACAAGGACCACUCAAAACCUGCGAAUGACGAUAGCCAGGCAGCUGGCAGAGAUCCUGCUGCGGGGCAUGUGUGAGCAGAGCUACUGGAACCCCCUGGAGAACCCGCCCUGCCAGUCGCCUCUGGACGACCCUCUCCGGAAAGGAGCCAACACAAAAACCUACACCCUCACCCGCAGAGCCCGCGUCUACACAGGAGAGAACAUUUUUUGUCCUCAAGAAAACACUGAAGAAGCCCUGUUGUUAUUGCUGAUCAGUGAAUCAAUGGCCAACCGGGACGCUGUGCUGAGCAGGAUCCCCGAGCACAAGAGCGACCGCCUCAUCAGCCUGCAGAGUGCGUCUGUGGUCUAUGACUUACUGACCAUUGCUCUUGGAAGAAGAGGCCAGUAUGAGAUGCUGUCGGAGUGCUUAGAAAGAGCCAUGAAGUUUGCCUUCGAGGAGUUCCACCUCUGGUACCAGUUUGCUCUCUCGCUGAUGGCUGCUGGGAAAUCCGCCCGAGCCGUGAAGGUGCUGAAAGAGUGCAUCCGCCUGAAGCCUGACGACGCCACCAUCCCUCUGCUCGCCGCCAAGCUGUGCAUGGGCUCCCUGCACUGGCUGGAAGAAGCUGAAAAUUUUGCCAAAACUGUCGUCGAUGUGGGAGAGAAAACAUCUGAGUUCAAGGCCAAAGGCUACUUAGCUCUGGGGCUCACGUACAGCCUGCAGGCCACUGAUGCUUCUUUGCGAGGGAUGCAGGAGGUCCUACAGAGAAAGGCGCUGCUUGCAUUUCAGAGGGCCCACAGCCUGUCACCUACAGAUCACCAGGCCGCCUUCUACCUGGCUCUGCAGCUUGCCAUCUCCAGGCAGAUACCGGAGGCUUUGGGGUACGUCCGCCAAGCCCUUCAACUUCAGGGGGAUGAUGCCAACUCCCUGCACCUGCUCGCCCUCCUCCUGUCGGCACAAAAGCACUACCACGACGCCCUGAACAUCAUCGACAUGGCCCUGAGCGAAUAUCCAGAGAAUUUUAUACUACUGUUCUCCAAAGUGAAGUUGGAGUCGCUCUGCCGGGGCCCGGAUGAGGCGCUCCUCACCUGUAAGCACAUGUUACAAAUAUGGAAAUCCUGCUACAACCUCACCAACCCCAGCGAUUCGGGACGAGGGAGCAGCCUCUUGGAUCGGACCAUUGCAGACAGACGGCAGCUGAACACCAUCACUUUGCCAGACUUCAGCGAUCCUGAGACAGUGUCAGAUUCCUCCUCCUCCUCCUCUUCUCUCUCAAGAACCGAGUCUUCCCUCCACCUGUUUGUGUCUUCUCAUCUUCAUUCUCAUCCCAAACCCGACACCUUUGUGUGGUCCCCCGCAGCUCAUGCAGUCAGUGACUCUGGUCCCCGCCGGGAGCCCUCUCUCUGCAGCUCACCAGAAGCAUACUUUCAUGGUUUUCCCUCCCUCUUUUCAGUUAGCUCUGUCCAUGCCACGUCAGUAGCAGCCUCCAGGGUGGAGCAGGCUCUGUCAGAAGUGGCCUCGUCUCUGCAGAGCAGCGCCCCCAAGCAGGGCCCACUACACCCCUGGAUGACACUGGCACAGAUCUGGCUCCAUGCAGCGGAAGUCUACAUUGGCAUCGGGAAGCCCGCGGAAGCCACCGCCUGCACCCAGGAAGCUGCCAACCUCUUCCCGAUGUCCCACAACGUGCUGUACAUGCGGGGCCAGGUCGCUGAGCUCCGUGGCCACCUGGAGGAAGCCCAGCGGUGGUAUGAGGAAGCCUUGUCCAUCAGCCCCACCCACGUGAAGAGCAUGCAGCGACUGGCCCUGAUCCUGCACCAGCUGGGCCGCUACAGCCUGGCAGAGAAGAUCCUCCGAGACGCGGUGCAGGUGAACUCCACGGCCCACGAGGUCUGGAACGGGCUGGGCGAGGUCCUCCAAGCGCAGGGCAACGACACGGCCGCCACCGAGUGCUUCCUGACAGCCCUGGAGCUGGAGGCCAGCAGCCCCGCCGUGCCCUUCACCAUCAUCCCCCGCGUGCUGUGAGCGGCCCCAGGAGCGUCCUGCUGCCCCGAGGGCACACGUCUGCCACACUGAGGCCCCGUGGAUGCCCCAGGGACCGCCGUAAAGGAACCAAACCGAACCCGACGCACCGUUGUGUCCACACGCACCUCCCUGUCCUUUGCCAGCCGGCGAUCGUUUCUGAACCAACACGUGCUCAAUGGAUUAUGUGCCAUAUUUUGUCAGCUAGCAUCGAGUUUUCAGUAAAAAAAAAAAAAAAAAAAAAAAAAA